AUGGUGACCAGCCACCGCCCUCACCCAUUCGACCCUAUCACGCCGGAGGAGAUCAAGCUCGCUGUCCGCAUCCUUGAGGCUGGCUUCCCCGGUGUACCUCUACGUUAUAAGCGCAUCGAUAUCAAUGAGCCUAUCAAGAACGAUGUGAUCGCAUACAUUGAAGCAGAGCGCCUACGACAGCCGCUGCCCACGCCCCCUGCUCGUCUUCUCUAUGUGCUCUUCCAUCGCCUCGAUACCAAUGCAUUCUACAAGGCCAUCCUCAAUGCCGACAGGCGGAGCAUCGUCUAUGCUAAGGAGCUUCCGAAGGAAGUACAGGGUCCCAUUGAUAUUGACGAAAUUGCCGCAAUCGAAGAGAUGUGCCUGAAGCACCCUGCAGUACUGGCUGAGAUCGAGAAAUUGCAAUUGCCCAAGGGUGUCACCGUCUGCAAUGAUCCUUGGAUGUAUGGGACAGACAGUGACAACGAGGAUCGUCGUCUCUUCCAAUGCUUCAUGUACAUGGUCGAGGUGGAUCACCCCCAGAACAACCACUACUCCCUGCCUUGCAAGUUCUCACCAGUUUUCGACGGUUUCACCCAUGAGUUGAUCCGUAUGGACUACCUUCCCGGUGGAUCUGACUUCGAGAUCACCGCUACCCAACCCUGGAAGCCUGUGAAGGCAGUCCAGUAUGCACACGAUCUCUUGGACGAGCCUCUCCGCACAGAUCUCAAGCCAUACAUUGUGCAACAGCCCGAAGGACCCUCUUACUCUGUGGACGGCAACUCUGUCUACUGGCAGAAGUGGCGCUUCAGAGUCGGCUUCAACGCUCGUGAAGGCUUGGUCAUCUAUAACGUCACAUACGAUAACCGGAACCUUUUCUAUCGCUUGGCUGUUUCUGAGAUGACCGUCCCCUAUGGAGACCCACGUGCUCCUUACCACCGUAAGCAGGCAUUCGAUGUUGGCGACACCGGCUUCGGUAUGAAUGCCAACCAGUUAUCUCUUGGAUGCGACUGUCUCGGUCACAUCAAGUACUUCGACGGUUACCGCAACGAUUCCAGGGGCAACCCAUUGCUGUUGAAGAACGUGGUUUGCAUGCACGAACAGGACAACGGUCUGCAGCACAAGCACACCAACUAUCGAUCCGGUGCUGCUACCGUUGUGCGCAACCGCCAGCUGGUUCUGCAAAUGAUCUGUACCAUUGCCAACUACGAGUACAUCUUCAACUACAUUUUCGACCAAGCUGCCAACGUGGAACUAGAAGUCCGUGCCACCGGCAUUCUUUCGACUGUUCCAUUCGACAAUGAGAACGGCCAGACCGUCCCCUGGGGCACAAACGUUGGCCCUGGUGUCAUGGCCCCCUUCCACCAGCACAUGUUCUCUCUGCGUGUCGACCCCGCCAUUGACGGAUUCAAGAAUACCGUCUACUACGAAGACAGCGUUCCCAUGCCUGAAGACGAGAACAACCCCUACCUUGUCGGCUAUGUGUCCGAGGGCACAGUGAUGCGCACAGCCGGCGCAGCCAACACCAGCAUCGAUCGUCACCGUGUCUUCAAGAUCCGCAACGACAACGUCAUCAACCCAAUCACAUACAAGCCCGUUGCCUACAAGCUCAUGGCAGCCCCCAGCCAAAUGCUCCUAGUCAGCAAGAACGCCCACGGCUUCCGCCGUGCCGAGUUCGCCACCAAGCCUAUCUGGCUCACUAAGUACCAAGACGAUGAACUGUACGCUGCAGGCGAGUUCACGAACCAAAGCCGUCGCGCCGAGGGCGUCGAGACCUGGGUUCAGCGUAAGGAUAACACCGAGAACGAAGAUGUCGUCCUUUGGCACACCUUCGGUCUUACUCACAACCCUCGCAUUGAGGACUUCCCUGUCAUGCCGAUGGAGCGUAUCAGCGUCAUGCUCAAGCCUGACGGUUUCUUCAACAAGAAUCCGGCUCUUGACGUCCCGCAGUCCUCGCAGCUGUUCAACAAGUCCUCGCAGCAUCCUGAGGAGACAGCUGGCUGCUGUUCUGGGUCUUCGUCUGCUGGGGCCAAGGCCAAGCUGUACAAGCGCAUUGACUAA